AUGUUCUUUCCCCGUCUCACUGACACCCCAGUCUUCCGUAUCGUCCUCCGGGACGCAAAGCGGUACGACACGUACGAGACCCGUGAGUUCGACCUGCCGCUCAACAGCGAGUUCCCUAUCGGUCGAGCGUCCAGCAACGCAGCCAAGCAAGAGCUCAUGGCCGCACCUCAUAACGCCUUCAUCGACAGCCCCGUCAUAUCCCGCCAGCACGCCGUUCUCUCGGCCAACGCAAACAGCGGCGUUCCGGAAGUCUACAUUACCGACAAAGGCUCCAUGCACGGCACCAUGCUGAACGGUCAGAGGCUCUCUGCCAACACACCCACCAAGCUGGACGAUGGCGAUGUCCUGCAAUUCGGCACUGACGUUAACCGUAAUGAGGGUACGUCCUCGCGUAGGCCCUCCAAACCUCCUCUUACCCUACCUUCUGAGCUGACACCAACCCACACAGAGUUCUUCGUAGCCCGCACCUACACUUUCGAGUCGCAGCUAUCACGCCCCUUCUCUCUCGGCUUCACCGUCCCUGAUGCCGAAAGUGACGAAGAGGAAGUUGCAGAGCGCCGAGGCAGCCAGAUCGAUCCUUUCGUCAUCGACGACGACUCCGACGCAGCUGAUGACCAAUCGGAGGCCGACGACCAAGAAGAGGUUACCAUGAUCAUGGAUCAGGUCCUGCACCCGAACGAGCAUGGCCACACUCUCAGUGUUAGUCAGGACGACUACCCAACGUCCGCAAUGCGCACCACUCUUCCCAACGAGGACUACAACCCAGAGAGCUUUGCGUCCCGCCGUGACGACUCCCUCGAGCCUGCCAGUCCAAACCCUUCUAGCGAUGGAGAAGACGUGGCCGCCCUUGGUUCUGAUUCGGACAGCGAGGCUGGCAGCAUCGAUAGUUCCGAGAUGCUGUCUGACUCCGAGCCCGAGAUUCAGGAUUCAGAGGACGAGGAAAUGGAAGAGGUUGAACACAAGAAGCCCACCACAUCCUCAUCCAACAAAGAGAACGAGGCGUCAAUCCACAGCCAAGUACCCCAAACUGUUCACUCCUUCCCGCGCGAUACAACGACGCUUUCGCUCUCGGACGUAUACAUGCCGCAAGACGUAGCCAACACACAGCCGUCGCUACCACGCUUGUACAUGUUCGGCAUGCAGGGCUCUGACGGCAACUCCAUGUCGAACAGUAACGUCUACGGAGAUAACGCGCCUCCACCUCUGCCGCCACGUCCCUCGGCGUCUAGGGCAGCACCAUGGUGCGAUUCGAACUAUCGCUCCUUCAGGGAAGUGGCCGAUCUUCAGGAAUGGUACUCCGAGGGCGUUCCGCCAAACUACUUGGGCACCAACUUUGGCGACCGACCGUCCCUGUUCAGUCCGGCUCCUCUUGCCCCGAUGGCAGAGGCGAAUGAGGCUCGUGCUCCCAUGCCCCAAUUCACUCCUUAUCCUAGCCAACCCAUGCAAGCGAGUCGUCUGCAGACACCUCCACCAUAUUUCGUACCCGACUUCGAGACCUCCCCGCCGGUGCAGCCAGGUCGCCGUACCAAGGUAUCCAUCGAGGAGAUCGUUGAGGAGCAGCCGCCUACGCCAGAAUCUGUAAAGGAUUUGAAGCGCAAGGCAGAUGUACUUGAGGCAGACGAGCCAGAAGCCGUUCUUGACGAAGUAUUGAAGGCCGCCAUUGGCGAUGAGCAUGCAACCUCAAACUCAGUAGCUGCUGUUCCAGUGGAUGAUGCUGCUGCAAUCCAGACGGCUGCCAUUAUUGCCCAGCGUCCCAAGAAGACUCCCCGCUCAGUCCUCAGCAAGGUUCUCAACAAGGCUGCGUAUCCCUUGCUUGGUGCUACCGGUGCUGUAGUCUCAUUUGCUCUUCUUUCCACCCUCCCGGAUGCCUUCUUUGUGUAG